GAGUGCGGCGGGCGCAGCGGCGGCGGCCGCCCAGCAGCCCGGGCUCGGGUGGGGGGGCGCCGAGUGGGGGUGGCGGCCAGCAUGCUGCUCGGCUGCGGCUCGGCCUCCCACACCCGCGGCGCCCUCGUCCUCGCCAGCAGCGGCGGCGGCGGAGCAGCGAGCGGCGCCCGCAUCUGCAGCGGCGCCGGGUCCGAGCGCGCGGCGCGGCGGCGGGGGUCGGGGCCCGGGCGGGGAACGGGGACCCGGCAUGGCGCUGCGGAGAGGCGGCGGCGGGGCGCUCGGGCUGCUGCUACUGCUGCUGGGCGCCGCGUGCCUGAUCCCGCGGAGCGCGCAGGUGAGGCGGCUGGCGCGCUGCCCCGCCACUUGCAGCUGUACCAAGGAGUCCAUCAUCUGCGUGGGCUCUUCCUGGGUGCCCAGGAUCGUGCCGGGCGACAUCAGCUCCCUGAGCCUGGUAAAUGGGACGUUUUUGGAAAUCAAGGACCGAAUGUUUUCCCAUCUGCCUUCCCUGCAGCUGCUAUUGCUGAAUUCUAACUCAUUCACGAUCAUCCGGGAUGACGCUUUCGCUGGACUUUUUCAUCUUGAGUAUCUGUUCAUUGAAGGGAACAAAAUAGAAACGAUUUCCAGAAACGCCUUUCGUGGCCUCCGUGACCUGACUCACCUCUCUCUGGCCAAUAACCACAUAAAAGCACUACCAAGGGAUGUCUUCAGUGAUUUAGACUCUCUGAUUGAACUAGAUUUAAGGGGUAAUAAAUUUGAAUGUGACUGCAAAGCCAAGUGGCUGUACCUGUGGUUGAAGAUGACAAAUUCCACCGUUUCCGAUGUGCUGUGUAUUGGUCCGCCAGAGUAUCAGGAAAAGAAGCUCAAUGAUGUGACCAGCUUUGACUAUGAAUGCACAACUACAGAUUUUGUCGUUCAUCAGACUUUGCCCUACCAGUCGGUUUCAGUGGAUACGUUCAACUCCAAGAAUGAUGUGUACGUGGCCAUCGCGCAGCCCAGCAUGGAGAACUGCAUGGUGCUGGAGUGGGACCACAUCGAAAUGAAUUUCCGGAGCUACGACAACAUUACAGGUCAGUCCAUCGUGGGCUGCAAGGCCAUUCUCAUCGAUGAUCAGGUCUUUGUGGUGGUGGCCCAGCUCUUCGGCGGCUCUCACAUUUACAAAUACGACGAGAGCUGGACCAAAUUUGUCAAAUUCCAGGACAUCGAGGUCUCUCGCAUUUCCAAGCCCAACGACAUCGAACUGUUUCAGAUCGACGACGAGACAUUCUUUGUCAUCGCAGACAGCUCGAAGGCUGGUCUGUCCACAGUUUAUAAAUGGAACAGCAAAGGAUUCUACUCGUACCAGUCUCUGCACGAGUGGUUCAGGGACACAGAUGCGGAGUUUGUUGACAUCGAUGGAAAAUCGCAUCUCAUCUUGUCCAGCCGGUCCCAGGUCCCCAUCAUCCUCCAGUGGAAUAAAAGCUCUAAGAAGUUUGUCCCCCAUGGUGACAUCCCCAACAUGGAGGACGUACUGGCCGUGAAGAGCUUCCGCAUGCACAACACCCUCUACCUUUCCCUCACCCGCUUCAUCGGGGACUCCCGGGUCAUGAGGUGGAACAGUAAGCAGUUCGUGGAGAUCCAAGCUCUUCCAUCCCGGGGAGCCAUGACCCUGCAGCCCUUUUCUUUUAAAGAUAAUCACUACCUGGCCCUGGGGAGUGACUAUACAUUCUCUCAGAUAUACCAGUGGGAUAAAGAGAAGCAGUUGUUCAAAAAGUUUAAGGAGAUUUAUGUGCAGGCACCUCGAUCUUUCACAGCUGUCUCCACUGACAGGAGAGAUUUCUUUUUUGCAUCCAGUUUCAAAGGGAAAACAAAGAUUUUUGAACAUAUCAUUGUUGACUUAAGUUUGUGAAGGUGUGGUGGGUGAAAUUAAAAGACAUGUAGCAUUAGCUCUCGCAAGAGAGGACCAAGAGAAAUCAACAAACCAGUCAAAGUCAGGCUCGGAGCUCUGAAAUUAAAAAGCACUGAAAUAGACGUUUUCAAAUUUUUAGAACUCACAUUUUAAUCAGGGAUUGCAUUUAUUGGCUAACUGCAUGACAUGCCCAUUCUACCAUUUAAACAAAACAUCUUAAAGCUUGUAAUUUCUGAGAAAAGAGUACAGCAUUUACUCUUCCCAUCUAGAAACGUAAUAUGCUUUUCUUUCCCUUUUUAAUGAGGAAGGAGAAAAUUGAUAAGAUGGGACAGCUCUUAUGAUGAAAUAAAAAAAAAAAAAAACCUUGGGCCCCCCUCAUUCCACUUUAGUAAUCUUUUUGGUUAGAACUCUUAAAGCCAAAAGUCAGCUGGAAAGAUUUGCUGAUUAUUAGUUUAAAAAUCUUGUAACACUCAGCAGUGCUAUUUUGAGUCAUUGCAGCUUCUUGAAAGUAAUGCCCGGUCUUCCUGAGUCCUUAAUAGCAGAAUGUUGGUGAUUUUGUUGGCUCCUAUGAAUGCUUGUCCUGGGUAUGUUAACAAUUUAAUGUUUGGCAUUGCUUCCUCUGCCACAGAGAAAAUAUUCUGGUGACACAUGUCUAGACCCAGCACAGGCUGUAGGCCCAGGAGCGAGACAAAGGCGUUUUUUCCUCUUUCCUACCAUUCAAAGCUGACCCUUGUGGUGGCCGGAGCAGUAAAGCUUGUGUGAUGCUCUUCGUGGCUCAUCUGCUUCUCUGAACCCGCCCUUUGAGUCUGUGGGUGACCAGCAGACAGGCCAAAGACCGAAUGGUGCUUUUCAUUUUGUCCUUUACAGGGAUGAAACAGUUAUUUCCAUCUGAUGAGCCUUUGGUAGCAUUUUUGAAGUGAGAUUUUACGAAGUCAAAGGGGACUUUACACAGAUCUCGGCAUGCUUUGAAACCUAGAGGUGGCCGUUUGAUUUGUGCGUGUCCUUGCCCUCUGGAUGACUUAAUAUUUCAAGUCAUCGAAUACCAACUUCCCUGCCGGCCCACCUGCCUUCCUCCCCACUUGCGUAACAGUCCUGUUUUGUUGAGUUGCUGCUGUUGCUACUGCCAGAGCAGCCCACACCAAACCACAACCCAAGACACUCAGAUAGGAACGCUCCUCCCUCUCCCCGCACUCUACCAAAGGAAACGCUCCAGGACGCACGUGCUCACAGGAGACCAUGUGUUGGCUGUGGAGUCAGCCUGUGCAGGCUGGGGGCUCUCAGGCUAAUCAGUAGGGACCAGCUUUGGAGCCAGCCAAGCUGAAUCCCACACUCCGAGUCUGUGCUCAAGAAACCAGAUGGCAUAUUUCCAAAUGGGCCUCUCUGAUACACACAAUAGGGAAGCUGGUGGGGAACCGUUGUGUGGAAGGUUCUUAGUGGAUGUUCUGCCUGGUUAGCUGGUUCUCUUCAGAGAAUCUAAAGUGAAUGCCUUUGGGGUAGCUCUGGAAGAGAAACCCAACAACUUCACUCCUAGCCAUGAAAAUAGCACGAUCAUAUUGUACUGUAUUGUUAUUUUAAAAUGAUUAUUUGCCAUGUCAUGAGUAGGUAGAUGUUUUGCCACAAAUAUGAAUGUGUUUGUUGUUUCCUGACUUUAAGCAAUGCAGACGGAGGCAAUAAAUAGCACUCAGAGAAUGAGGCAUUGAUGUUACUUCAGCACUCUUGGGUAUGUUCUGGGUCUACUGUAGGCUGAGGCUUCCAGCCUCAGAAACCGCAGAUUUUAAUGAACGAACUCACCCACACAUAGUAGUGUUGUUACUUGAAACGUCUGCAAAAUACCAAGCAAACAGGAGAAAAGUGGUUUGUUUUCAUAUUUAAGUGCAAAUUACUUUCUUCUGCUUUUUCUUUUUUUUUUUUUUUUUUCUGCCUUCUUGGUUUAUUUGAACAGGGUACAAAUGCCCAGGUCUCCACCUUGGAGGCUGAAAGGGGAAAAGCCCUGCCAUUCCUCCAGCCCUAAAGAUGGCAAGCUCUUCUUUCUGUUGCAUGGAACCCCUCAGAUAAACCUGGGCGGAAAAAUGGGUACUUGGCAAACUGUAGGAGAUAUUUAGACAGCCCCAGCAACUGUGUCAGAUCAAAGUGAUGUUCCCAAUUCCAGCCGCCUGUAGGGAUGGCAAGGUGGCAUCUUUUCACAGUGUUGCCACUGCAGAGAGGUAUCACAUUCCCAGCUGCACCUCUGAGGGGAAAUUGGCCACUGACCCCCUGCACUCACUAUUCUGAUCAUGCCACCAGAUUCUGGGAAACCGGGAAACACAGGGCACCGGGCUUAGGAUGGGGAGAGUUGUCGAGUCCAGAUGGGGAAUGAGGGGGUGAAAGAAUGAUCUAAACAGGUGACGGGUGAGGGCUGAGAAGUGGGGGACCCACUCAACUGCAGUCAGCUUUUCCUUUUUUAUAAUUUUAUUUUAUGCAAGACUAAAGCCUCCAAUCUAUAGAGUGCCUAUUUCUGUGGGAGGAGAUAUUUGUUCUGGCCAACUUACUAAAGGAGCAUAGAUGCUCUUGGCACAGGGUGGCAAAACCUUUGCUUCGUUAAUCUUACUGCUCCGUCCCAAGAAUCUCUGAAGUUUUAAACAAUUUCUGCAAGAACCAUUCUUCCAGUAAUAAUGUAAAACAAAAAAACCAACCGAGCAAGAGCAAAAGUGCAAAGCAGAGAAAUACGUGGACCGUCCCCAGCGGAGAUCAGCUUGAAGGAAGGGACAGAUCUUUCUUCUGCCUUCCCUCCCAUCACCCAUUGGGUGGUCAUCUGCUCAGCUUGUCUGUUCAUGAGCUCUGUGGCUAGGCUCCUGGACUGAUCCCUCUGUGCAGCUAUGUGGCUUUAAGGCCUUUCUGUAAAGGGGAGACUUGUCCCCAUACUCCAUAGAGUCAGGAAUGAGUCUGUUACCAAGACUCUAAGAAUAAACCUUAGAUGUGAGGAGCACUGUGUUCUUGGACAGUGGGUAAUGAGGCCACCUUACAUUUUAGCAAAGCUUUAUAUUUUUCCAAUGCACAUUGAUAUUCACCUCAUUUGUUCAUAAAUAGUUCUGCAGUUUAUUGCAGGGCAGUAUUAUUCUAAUUUCAGAGAGAAGGGAAUAGACAUGAAAACUAUAUAAAUUGCCUGCCCACAGUUAUCCAAUCGGGACUGGCAAAGCUAGAACUUUUCCUCUGAUCAGCAGAUGUUGAAUUUUCUUUCUAAGACACCUUGCUAUACUCUCCCAAAGAAAGACCUUCAUUUCUAUCAUGAUUUUGAAUUUGGCAGCACCUUGAGAUAAAGUAACAAGUGCAGUAAAAUAUGCAUAGCCAGAAGAAAAAUCAUGCUGAAUAGACACCAUUCAAUCAACCGAUCCAUUUAACAAUGAACAAACAUACUAUUACAUACAAGGCCCCACUCUUGAAAGUCUUCCAGAAAUUUUGGUUAGCUUUCUGUUGUUCUAAGGAGGAUUUCUAGCUGGUCUGGCUUUUUCUCUCCCUGCAUAGCCAUGGGAGGGAUGUUGAAGUUGAAGCACAUCUGGUUCUUGUCACAAUGUCCACCAGAUAAACAAGAAGAGAUCUGUGUAGGAAAAAUUCAAACCCUGAACGCACGAGCAGUGAUGGAUUGCUCUCAGCCAUCAACACCCUUCGGGGAGCACACUGAAAAUGGCAGAGUUGCAUUUUUCUUCCCCAUGGAGAGGCUGUGUAUUUUUAGGAAAGAAAUCAGCGUGGGAUGCCGGAGGUUUGACGGCCAGGAACGCUCAUGAUGGAAAUUUCUCCAGCCUGGGAUGUAAUGACGGGAAGAUGACGUUCUGCAGGAGGGGAUGUUUGCAUGUCACCUAAAGAAAAUCUCUUAAGCUGGCUUCCCGAUUCUUCCGCAGAGGUAUCAGCCUCUCCUUCACAGCUGCGGAAGGAAGUUCUUUAAUUAGGCAGUGGUCAAAGAUUCUGUUCAACAGCUUCCUGGAGUGGAAUACAAUAAUCUAGUUGUAUGCAAUGACGCAAUGAGAAAGUGGUCCAGAUUUGGGUGGCAAUGGAAAGGGAAUGGCAAAGUGGGGCAGAUGGCUCUGGAGGAAGCUUGGGAAAGUAAAAACAAAGUAAAAGAAAGGGGAAAAAGGAUAAUGAUUUCCUUUGCCUCAGCCAGGCAAGCAGAGGGUAGAAUGACCAGGAAAAUUAACAGCAUCUCAGUUAUUAACGAAGAGAAGAACUGUAAUGCUCAUUCAAAUAAGAAUUAUAUUGUAAAGCUACUGAGAUCUAAAGGAAGUCAUUAUUAUCCUUACUGUAUUCCAUUGCCUGUAGCAAAACCUAUUAUCUUCUAGUAGGAAACAUUCUCUAUCCCUUUGACUAUCAGGAAGGUAUAAGAAUUGUGAUAAAAUAGGCCAAUAUGCUAUUUGGUACCAUUUUUAUGUAUUUUAAAUGCAUAACCUAGAUAAAAUAAGAAUAGUUUCUAUGUGUAAAGAAGCAAGUUUUACAGUAUGCAGACUACAAUGGAUGUAUUUUAGGCUGUAUAUAUAUUUAGCUCUUUUUGGUAAAUAGAGUGUGCAAACGAUAUGCCUCUUAAUGCAAUGUAUUCGGUAAGCCUAUGAAUAAAAAGUGGUUCAUGCCUAA